CCAUCCCUUUUGUCAAAUAUACACAGACUAAGAAACCUGCUACACUCCCAGUGAUGCCUUUUGUCUUUCCCAAUUAUCAGCUGCAAACUAUGUCUGUGCUCAAGUUCAAAUGAACCCAUUACAUCUGGAAAUGACUAAUUAUUUAUCAUAUGAUGUUGCUUUAGUGUCAUAAUCACAGUACUGAUGGACAACCUCACACUCCAAACAGUGAAGCAGAAUAGAAGAAAUCCUAGAAAAGUGUUACAGGUAUGACACACACAACGCCACCAAUCAAGCUGAACAAAGGCAGUUUAAAGGGUAAUAGUGUUGCAACAGGCAGGGGAGAGGCCAGAUUUAGAGAGAGAGAGUGGAGAGGUGAACUCUGGGUUAUGAGCUUGUGCUUAUUAACUAUUUUUUUACAGCUCUGAAGGAUUGUGAACAAGUGUGAGCAGGAUAGAGACUCUUCUGUCUAACCAGUUUGUCGGUUUUUUUCUUAUCUUGCAAGAAAGACAGAGCGGGUAGUAUAGAGUCAAGCUUUUGGAUUUGUAACACACAAAGGGGGAUUGUUGUGGAUUAAUUAUCUUUUGCUGAAGGACACAGUCGUUGGCUCAGUUUUGUUUGAUCACUGUUUUUGCUGGGUUAGGUUUAGGGUUAGGAGAUUGUGCAGAAACUCAGGAAGGAUCUCACUGGACAUAUUUGCAGAGAAGGAUGAGCAGUUUUCUGUACUUCAUCCUCCCAGCUCUGGGUGGAUACACUCUCACCUCGGUGUACCUGCUGAAGAACCCCCACAUUCUCCACAGGAGGAAACGCACUGCUUUUUACUGCACACACAUCUCACACAGAGGAGGAUGUGGAGAGAGGAUAGAGAGCACAAUGGAUGCGUUCACAAAUGCGGUGGAGCAAGGCACACAGAUGCUGGAGAUGGACUGUCACUUGACACGCGACGGACAUGUGGUUGUGUCACAUGAUGAGAAUCUCCUGAGGCAGACCGGCCACGAUGUCACCGUCUCAUCACUCAAUCUACAGGAUUUGCCUCUGUAUAAAGAGAGACUAGAGGUGACAUUUUAUGCAGGUCGCUACAGCAGCGGUCCAGACAGGAAGUUCAGUCUGCUGGAGGAUGUGUUCAGGAAAUUCCCUAAGUUGCCUGUCAGCGUUGAGAUCAAAGAAAACAACAAGCAGCUGAUGGAAAAGGUGUCAGACUUGGUUAGAUGCUACAACAGGGAGGAGAUCACUGUCUGGGCCUCUGUGGACUCCGCCAUUAUGAUGGAAUGCCGCAGAACGAACGACUCCAUGCCGUACAGUUUCACUAUGAACCGAGGUCUCCUGCUUCUGCUUCUCUUCUACAGCGGCCUGCUGCCCUUUGUGCCCCUGGGAGAGAGUUUACUGCAGUUCUACCUGCCGCGCGUCAUCAACAGGACGUACAUUCCUGAGGAGGGCAUCCUGAGGAACAAGCUGGUCAUCUCUUUGUUAGAAAAAGUAACUAUGAGGAAGAGUCUUUUUAAACACCUCGUAGCCCGUGGAAUUCAGGUGCAUUUGUUUGUGUGCAAUGAAGAUGAAGACAUAAAGGCUGCAUUUGAAGUCGGGGCCACAGGGGUAAUGAGUGACUAUCCGGCUCUUCUGUCAAGCUACCUCUGCAGAAAUAGAAGUCAGGAUUGACCCCAAACACAACCUCACAAUUCAUAACCGGCAGCUUUCUUAUGGAUGAAAAAGUGUGAAGAAGUGUGAAAACCGUUUCUUCCACCGUGACAAGAUUAGACGACGAGUUGUUGGUCGAACUAUAAAACACCAUGCAGUGGGAAUAAAAUUAUUAUUAAAUUCUUUAAUCUGAAUCCUGAAUGAUAGAAUUAACUGCAAUCGUGUCAUUUGUACUGCCUCCACCCACAUUCUGUCAGACACAGCCCAGAGUUUAAAGAAACAGUGAUUUUUCUCAGCAACAAAUCUAACAGUGCUUUUAGUAGUGCACUGGGCCGGAGUACAAAAAGGUGACAAAUUAGUAGUGAUGGCCAAAUGAAGCUUCGUGAACCAGUUUCUCUUUUUUCUGAGCCCACUAGAUGGGGCUCU